UUUAAGACACAUGCUUCUGCAAGCUUCCACGAAGGUUGUGAAAAAAAGUUUUAAUACAGAGUUGGAUUACAGCUCUCUAGCUCAAAACACUGGCCAUUACGCUACCAUCUGAAGAGGCUGCUGUAGCACGGAGCGCAGAACAGAGCAGACUGCUUAAAUCUUCUGGACCACAGAUGGAUUUUGAAUACCUCUUUGUGCCCUGAUGGAAGAUAUAGUAACUUCAUUAACUGGAACCCGUACCUGAUCACUUGUGAGAGUGUAGCUGCGUGCAUACAGAUACCAAUCUAUUUAAAGUCUUAUCAUGAUUUUCUUUCGAAUGUAUCUAAAAUCUACUCUAAGAAAUUACAGUCUCUAGGUGAAUUGUUCAAAAUAAUUGCUUAGAAGAGUGAAGAGCAAGAUAUUUACUCUCGCAUGUUGGAAUCCUUUGCGAAUUUAUAACAGAAAUUUGGAAGCUUUUCUUGUCUGUUGUGGUGAAAUGCAUUUCAAAAGAGACGCCUCCAGCUGUAUGACAACAACUGCGUAGUAACCUGCGGAAUUAAACAUCAGAAUGUACAAACCGUGGGUGACUGUGAAUAUUUUCAUGAUUUCAUUUCUGCAUUUGCUGCAAGGAUCUGACUAUGAGAAUGGAUCUGUAAAGAGGACAUCUCUGUCAGCACUGGAGCGAUCAGAGCAGCAGAUCAGGAGGGCAUCCAGCCUGGAAGAGCUCCUUCGAAUAACUCAUGCUGAGGACUGGAAGCUGUGGAAAUGCAGGCUAAAACUCAAAAGCCUGGCCAAUUUAGACUCCCGCUCUGCAUCACAUCGCUCCACCAGAUUUGCUGCUGCUUUCUAUGAUAUCGAUACACUGAAAGUCAUAGAUGAAGAAUGGCAGAAGACUCAGUGUGUGCCAAGGGAAACCUGUGUGGAAGUUGCCAAAGAGCUGGGUACGACAACCAACAAGUUCUUCAAGCCACCCUGUGUGAAUGUGUUCAGAUGUGGAGGCUGUUGCAAUGAGGAGAGUCUGAGUUGCAUGAACACAAGUACAACUUAUGUGUCAAAAACGCUCUUUGAGAUCUCGGUUCCUUUGACAAGUGUUCCAGAGCCUGUGCCAAUCAAAAUUGCCAAUCACACCGGUUGUAAGUGUUUGUCAAACACCCAGCGUCACCAGUACACCAUCAUACGAAGAUCUGUCCAGUACCCAGAAGAAGAUGGUUGUCCCUUUACGAACAAACUUUGCCACAAUGGAUGGGUCUGGGAUAGUGACAAAUGUGAAUGUGUUGCAGAUGUACAGCACUCAAACAGACGGGAAGGGCUCCCUCCUCUUGCUGAGCUGGCUAUGUGUGGACAAUACAUGGAAUUUGAUGAAGAAAAUUGUGAAUGCAUCUGCAGGCAGAAGUGUCCCACAGACUUCUUUCAAAGUAAAGAGAACUGCAGCUGCUAUCUGUGUAGAGAGAACCAGGAAAGCUGUGCUCAGAAACACAAGAUAUUUCAUGCCGAAACCUGUAGCUGUGAGGACAAAUGUCCAUCCCAACCCAGAACAUGCCCAACUGCAAAGCCAACAUGUCCCAGGCAUUGUCGAUGUCCAAAGGAGAAGAGAAAUUCUCAUGGGUCUCAAAGCAAAGAAAAUCCUUGACUCAGCUUCUCCAGUUCUCCAGAAAUCCACUGCUUUGCAAAGUAGCUGUCAAUGACUUUCAAACAGUAGUAAAAACGAGCAUCUUCCACAUUAACAGCAGAAGAAUGAAUCCAGUCUGCAUUUAUUUAUUAGAGUAAUCACUAACUGCAGGUCAAUCCUCUGGGGCAUUGAUAACUGUCCUCUAAGAGGUAAAAACAACUGAUGAAAUUCUGUCUAUGUGGAAGUAAGAGCAGAAAGAGCCACUUCAAUGUCAUGCUACGGAAGAUGAAGCUGGUGUAUUGGUAACAGUCACAGUCAACAGCCAGACUUUCAGAAAUUGAGACUAGAUAAUCUUAGCCUCUGAAUCUUUAGCUAAUGCAACUGUAGGGUAAAACUUUCUUCAGAAAUUCAGUGUGCAGGAUUUGGUUUCUAAUUGGGUCAGCACUGAGUUAUUUGAUCUACUGUCCAGCUUUAAUUAUCAUUUUGAAUUUAUUGUACAACUACUGUCAGAUGUGCCAUAUUUAAUUGUAUAUAAGAAAAUAAAUACAUCAGUUAUUCAA